AUGCAAUCUGCAGAAGAUUCGACCAAGUCGAAGCGCUGGUCAAAGUAUGUGCGUGAUGUUUACGACCCGGUACAGGUCGGAUCGAUCGAUGGAACGGACCAGGUGCCCCACGAUCGAGCGCUGGUACGCGCCAUCAAUUCCAACUAUCGACCGAAUCGGAAGGUGAAAGGCAAUCCGAUGCACACGAUCUUCAUCGGUCGAUUGGCACACUCAGUCACGGAGGAACAGUUACGAGCUAAAUUUACACCCUUUGGCACAAUUGUUCACACUCGAUUAGUUACCGAUAUCAUUACCGGGCUGCCUCGCGGGUACGCAUUCAUUGAGUACAGCAGUCGCGAUGAGGCGCUGCGAGCGAUCGACCGAAUGCACGGUGUAAGCAUCGACGGGAAGGAAAUUCUCGUCGACGAGGAAUGGGAACGACGGCUGGAGGGUUGGAAACCGCGCCGACUUGGCGGUGGUUUCGGAGGCAGGAAGAAAUCACAGCAGCUACGAUUUGGCUGCAAGGUGCAACCGUUCCGGAGGCCCAUUCUUGAGCCAUCCAGUGGCGGUGUGUCGAGCGUGUGCGAAUGGAAUCGUCGUGUUCGUCAUCGGAAAGAAGGUCCACCACGGUCCACCAGGGACAGUGAUGGGGACUAGGCACGUUUGCUAAGCGGUUUUUUUGUUGUUGCCGGAAAAUAAUGACUUCGUACGUAAGUUUAAUAGCAAUAAAAUAACCAGCCAGACAACCCUCUAGCAAACACGUUCUCACUGCAGGACGGCAGCGUUAGCCGAUAUACUAGGAUUGUUUAUAACCUCGCCCAGGCUGUCCAACA